AUGAGACAAAAGGAAUCAAUGAAGGAAUGGAUGACUCGUUUAGAAUUGGUUGUCGAGAAGUUCCAAAAUGGUAACUAUGCCAAUCUCGCUUAUUUUCGCAUCCUCCGCCGUCAACCAAUUGAAAAUGGUACUUGGUCUUUCAUGAAGGACGUUCCAUGCAACGUACUUGAUGAAGUGAUGAAAAAACUGCAGGGAUCACCUCAAAAGGACGAGUUAAUAAUGAUUCAAAACUUAUAUGGACCAUAUCAACAACAAUGGACAUUUAUUUGGAUCUAUGAAAAGGAAGUGACCCCUCGUGAGAACCAAACGGGAGGUAUUACUGUUUGUUCACUAGAUCCAGGUGUCCGUAAAUUCUAUAUUGGUAAUCAAGAUGCACAAAGAAUUAUUCGUCUCUGCCUUCAUCUUGAUGAUCUCAUUUCCCGUACUAUUAAAGCCCGCGCAAAUAAACGCUCAUGGGAGAUUUCGGGAGAGACUAAUUUCAAAGGCAGAAGAGUAGGAAAAGGAGUUAAAAUAGUUGGAGAGGCGUAUACAAGUGAAACAUGUGGUUUCUGUGAAUGGAUAAAUCAAAAUUUAGGGGGAAGAAAAGUUUUUAAGUGUGGGAAAUGUGGUUUAUGCAUAUACAGAGAUAUAAACGGCGCCCGUGGAAUUUUUCUUCGGGCUUUACUGGAUGGAACUAUCCUUUUAUAA